AAACACCUGGCAGUCAUGUCUGUGUUUUGUUUGUCACAUCGAUGUGAUCGGCGCUCCUCUGCUCUUCCUGGCACUCAAUCAUCAUCGCGCUCUGGCAUCCGCACAUCUGCCUGUGGAUCGCGGAAGCAGAAGUCGCUAGACAUAAACGAUAACAGCGUUUUGAUAUCGUUUUAAGUGGAUUAUUCUCAAAUUUAGUGAUCUUCAUGCACAUUGAAGACCUCUUAAUGACUCUGUAGCGGCAGAAGACGCUGUUUAAAGGAUUAAAAGCAUGCAGUGCACAGCCUCCCCUCCUCAGGACCCCACACAGGCGAGCGGCGACCGGGCCGAGCUGACCCAGCUGCCCGCUAAAGACGCGUCCUCCACAGACAGCACCUCUGAUCUGGGCAGCCCCAGAGUGCUGACCUUUGACCUGCUGAACAUGGUGAUCUGCUUCAAGCGGAUGGCCAUCUUCCUGGAGCCCGUCACAGACUCGCUGGAGGUGCUGCGGUACCUGCUCGGGUGGAGGAUGCCGCUGUGCUCCCUGUUCAGCUGCGUUCUGCUCAACAUCCUCUUCCUCACUUUGAGUGAAGGCGCUUGGGUCACUCUGCUGCUGCUUGCCGUCUCCGCUCCGGCUGUGCUGGGUUACCUUGGCAACCGUUGCCAGGGCACGAGCAGUGAGAUGGAGGUUCAGAAGAAGAAACACUUUGCGGUGCAGCGGCGAGACCUGCAGACGGUCCACAUGAGCAAACAGGAGGCCAUGCUGGAGGUCAAGGACAUGCUGAAACGAAUAGAUGAGCUUUUGACCCUGGCGUGUGUGUAUGCAGAAUCUGUGUAUAAAGUGUUAUACUGGGAGAGCCACGCCAUGUCCUCCAUGUUUUACGGUUCUGUCCUGACGGCGGUUUGCUUGCUGUACAUGGUUCCUGUGCGUUUGAGUCUGUCUGUGCUCAACAGCGCCCUCUUUCUGUGGAACAGAAACUUCUGCAGAGUUCUUUUGGAGCUGAAGGAGUUUGUUCACCCGAGUCGGGUCCUGCCUGCGGAGGAAACUGAACCAUGUGACCCAAAUCAGGCAAGCCUGCUAGAACGCACGCCCACUCCGACCAGUGUGGAGGAUCAGUCUCCCGGCAACAUUGAAGAGGCAGAGGAGGCGGAGCCUGAUGAUGAGUUUAAAGAUGCCAUUGAGGAAUCUCAGCUUAUUCUGCCGGUGUGGCCUGUAGCCUUUUUGCUACCAAAGAAACUGAGGAGAUGGAGAGCCCGUAAGCUUCUAUUAACAGUGAUGUCACAGGAAAUGGUUACUUGGUGGAACGUCCUUCAGGAUGAUGAGGACGUGUCUUCUGGUGUUCCUGAGUUUGACACAGUGUCUGAUAACGGGCUGUUGAGCAGAAACGAGCCCAUUCGCAGUAAAGUGUCCAAACUCACUGAGAAACUUCGCAAGCGAGUCCCUGCCAACACCACCGGGAACUGUUUCCAGUGCAGUUCAGCGUUUUCUGUUUUAAAGAAAAGGAGAAACUGCAGUAACUGUGGUGUCAGUUUUUGUUCCCGCUGUUGCUCGUAUAAAGUGCUCAGAUCCAGUAUGGGAGCCACAGCUCCUGAGGCCCAAAGAGAGACUGUGUUUGUUUGUGCUAUGUGUAAUACUUUCCUCAGCACCAAGUAAUGAAACAAUGUUCCACCGUUGCAAUCCUGUAAAAGAAGCUUCAGCGAUUCUUGAGGUUUCAUUCUUUCUUUGUGGAGCAUUUCACAUGGAGGACCAAAAUCCUGCAGCUUAUGUUGCCUCAACUCUCUUCCUGAGGUUCCUCAGAGUUUUUUGCUUGUCGAAAACAUGUGAGGGCUCCUUUAAUGGUGACUUUUUCCUUGGAAUAUGCUGCUUUCCCCAUCCACCGCUAAUAUUUAUCAAAGCCUUCACGCCAAGAUUGAUUAGUUUACUUGGAAUUCACUAUACUGCAAAAUCAAAUACUGUAGUUUCAUCAACUCUUAUUAUGGCAUCACUUUCCAGAAUGAGCCCUUGGUGAGAUAUCAGUUUAAUAUCAAGGGCCCUGUUUAUCUGUUGUUAUUAUUAUAUCACAUCAUCCUAAAGAGGAGAACAAGACCAUGAAAAUUAUGUUGGUUAUGUAUUGCCUUCGAUGCCAAAACCAGUGGAUCUGAGCAUUUUAGCUGGCUCCUAUAUAUUGUUCCACAUACUGUCAAAUCUGAUUAGUUUAGUUGACAUCAAUAACUUAAGAAAACGAGUCAGUUUAAUUCUCUCUUAACCAUUUUAACUAAUCAGUUUUUACAAUUUAACCUUCUGCUAGCUGCUUAUCUGCUUUAAACCCAUGAUUUUUGGUUAUAUAAUUUAUUUGUGUAAUUUUGUCUCGAAAAAGGUUUACUUUAUAUAUUUAUGUAUGUUUGUUGUUGGAACGUUCUCAGAAAGCAUUUAUACUAAUCAAAAUAAUGCCAUUAUAUUAGUCUAUCAGAUCCUCACAAGAGUUCUCCUGUUCGCUUUGUUAUUGAACGGAUGAGCCAUGUUCCUGUGAUUUUAUUGGUCUUUAAGCCAAGGUUGAAUGUAAAACCAGUGUUUUACGGUUGUAGAGCUAUGUAUGUCGUACUACUGUUAUUUAAACAUAUAUUCAGAUCCUUUGGGUAAGUUAUCCAUAGUUUAACACCGUUUGUUUCCUUGGUUAAAUCUUCUGUUACAGUAAUAAACCAUCUAAAUUUGAAUAUAGCCGUGUGGAACUUCUGUGAGGAAUUUUCGCGCCCCCGUCUGUAUUUUGGCGCCUCACACAGUUGGCCAACUGUCAUUUACCUU